GACAUGGGGUCCUGAGGAACAGGGUUGAGAACCACUGGUCUAUAGGACGUUCUAGUGUCUAUUUAGCAGUAGCUGUUUGGAGUUUCUGAACGUCUCUGUUUUUCUGUCUCUCCUCCUGUCUCUCCUCCUCCUCCUGUCUGUCUCUCCUCCUGUCUCUCCUCCUGUCUGUCUCUCCUCCUGUCUGUCUCUCCUCCUGUCUCUCCUCCUGUCUGUCUCUCCUCCUGUCUCUCCUCCUCCUCCUGUCUGUCUCUCCUCCUGUCUCUCCUCCUGUCUGUCUCUCCUCCUGUCUGUCUCUCCUCCUGUCUGUCUCUCCUCCUGUCUCUCCUCCUGUCUGUCUCUCCUCCUGUCUCUCCUCCUGUCUGUCUCUCCUCCUGUCUCUCCUCCUCCUCCUGUCUGUCUCUCCUCCUGUCUCUCCUCCUGUCUGUCUCUCCUCCUGUCUGUCUCUCCUCCUGUCUGUCUCUCCUCCUGUCUCUCCUCCUGUCUGUCUCUCCUCCUGUCUGUCUCUCCUCCUGUCUGUCUCUCUGUUGGAGGAGGAGAUUCUGACCGUCGCUGCAGAACCAGAGAGAGAGCGGAGGAGACGCAGCAGAGAGAUUUAAAGAAACACCGGAGCAGAACACGGAAGAACACGGGAGGAGAACACGGGAGAACAAUGAACCGACAGCAGCUUCAUCAAAUCUCCUGUGUGUGACUCUCUCUGACAGGCUGACCCAGUCCAGGUGAGGGGUGGUGGGCGGGGCUUAACCCGCUGAGCCCCCGUCUGAUUGGUGGGUGGUGAUGAUUGCGACGGGCGGCCUGCUGAGGAUCAACGCACGGAGACAAGAUUCACUGAGGUCCAAACCACACAAACCUCACACACACAAGAGGAAGAGCAAGAAGAGGAGGAGUGAGGUGGUGGUGGUGAAGGGGAAGCUGAAGCUGUGCUCCCUGUCGGGCCUGGUGGCGGCGCUGGGCGUGCUCGUCCUGCUGAUGGGCGUGGUCAUGGCCGCUCUGGGCUACUGGCCUCGGGACGGAUUGUUCUUCAGUGCACGGCCACAGGAGGGCGCCGCAAUGGCCUCCGUGUCCUCCAGCAGCCCCACACCUGGACAAGACACCCAGAUGGACGGAGAAGAAGGUGAAGGAGCUGAAGUAGGAGCUGAAGGAGGAGCUGAAGGAGGAGCUGAAGGAGGCUUCAACCACACAGAGCUCUUCAACGGAACCCGACAGCUCGCACGAGGCUUCCUGGAAGAUUUCCUAGACAGGUAUCUGUACUCUGAUAGGCUGAAGGUCUUGGGUCCUCUCAUCAUGGGGAUCGGGAUCUUCCUCUUCAUCUGUGCCAACGCCGUCCUGCAUGAGAACCGCGACAAGAAGACGAAGGUGAUCAACCUGCGAGACAUUUACUCCACCGUCAUCGACCUCCACAGCCUCCGCAAACCAAACGCCUCCUCAGGCUCUGCCCCCCGCUCCACAGCCAAUCCUCUCAACGGCCUCGUUAACUACGUCCAAUCAAAGAGCCUGGAGGCCAAGCCGCGGGCGUACCCCGCCUCCCUGCUGGGACGGAGGGAUCCGGGCAAUAGCAGAGAAGGAGGCGGUGAUGGAGGCGACGCCAUCUUCAGCGUCUACCAGGAGACACAGGAGGCUCUUCCCCCCUCCUCCCACAGACUCUCCCUCCCCCAGAGCUUUAGCCCCUCCCACCUGCCCUCCCCUCUCCAGGAGGAGGCGCUCAGCUCCGCCCCCCGGAGGAGGCACUCGGCUCGGGCUGGGACUGGCCGGCGCUGGGGGGAAGGGGAGGGGCUGAGGAGAGAGGGGGGAGGUGACAGACAGGAAGAGGAGGAGCCAGGGGAGACACCACUUCCUGUUUGCUCCUCCACCCCUCCCCCACAUCGACGCCUCCAGGCCCCCUGCAGCUCCUACAGCCUCCACAGGGGGGCACCGGGAGGCUUCUCCUCCUCCUCCCUCACCCCCUCACACCUGUCGCUGUCCUCCCUGUCUCACCUCCUCUCCUCCUCCUCGCCCACGCUGGCCCCGCCUUGCAGGAGGCGGAGCCUGCCCGCCGCCGGCGCCGUGGCGGGUUACAGCAAGCUGCAGGGAGAGGACCAAUCGUUUGAGUCCACGUCGUCACAGGCGGUCACAUCACAGGGCGGGGGUCUGAGGUCACAGGUGGUGACAUCACAGAGGAGUGUCUCCAACAGGGACAAGCUGAGGAUGAUCUCACAGCUGGACUCUGGGCAGGAGGAGGAGGGCUGAGGACCAGUCACACGCCAGCUCAGUGACUCACAGCGCCACUGUGAGGUCAUGUGACUUUAAUGACAUCAGCAACAUGACAGCAUUCUUGUGAUGUCACAAACACAUGGACAAGAUGGAGGCUGCCAUAGCAACGAGGAGUCCAGACCAGAGACAGCACAACCCCCGCCAGCUCAUUAAUAUUCAUUAAUCAGUCCAUUUAUAUUCUUCAAUCAGCUCAUUAAUAUUCAUUAAUCAGUCUGUUUAUAUCUUUAAUUGGCUCAUUAAUAUUCCCCUAUGGCCUCAUUAAUAUGCAUUAAUCAAUGAGUUUAUAUCUUUAAUCAGCUCAUUAAUAUUCUCCUAUGGACUCAUUAAUAUUCUUUGAGGUGUUGGUUCUCAUCCUGUGGCCCGGCGCCCUCUGCAGGACGUUCCGCUGCGUUCUGUGGUUCUCUGGUUCCUCAGAGGUUUGAACCCAGAGCUCUGCCUGAACUCAGAAUUAUCCUGGGUUCGUCUCAUGCUGGAGAACAGAUCAGAACCACACAAACAUCACUGAUGACAUCACUGCAUGAAGUCACACGGAUCCUGAACAUACAUGUUUCUGCUCUCACCUCCACUUACAUUUCAGCUUUUGUAAUAUUUAGCGGAAUGCUUUGACUUUUUCAGGUGAAACAUUCAGGUGAAGCUCCAGAGCUGCUCCUGGAACUACUUUCCCCUGCGGAGGGCUACGCUCCUGCUGUGGACUCUGAUUGGACGGACCGACUCCCACCUGACCACGGCACCAGGAAGUAGUUGGCUCCAUUUUAACUCCAUGAAAACUGGAAACUUUAAUGUUUUACUUGAACACAGAGGACCUGAGAUCAAACUGAAGCAUCACAGAGGACGAUUCAAAGGGCUGCAUUUACUUCUUUAGUCCAGCUGCACUCUGGGAGAUGAAUGUACCUGAGGACAGGUGAGGACAGGUGACUGAUUUUAAAGUUGUAGCUUCACAACGUCUUCCGCUCAAAGCUGAACCUGCUUCAUGUAAACAGCACAACAUCAGACGAUGACGCUAAAAUCAACAAACCUGAAUAAAGCACAUUUUAUGGGUU